CACUUAUUCCCUUCCGGUGGGGAACCAUUUCCGGCAGCGCCUUCGCUCAAAAGAAGCGACGCUACAGUGUGAGGGUGAGGAGAAUGUUUCCUUCCGGGCCGUCGGGGUAGUACAAAGCAGGAAGAUGAUGGGGACCGCCGGGCUGUGGAGGAGAGUCUACUCUAGCGGCGCUGCCGCCGCCGCCGCCGUGGAAGGAGGAGAGGGAGCGGCCUCCACCAGGGCGGUAGCCAAGCGGGGUGUAUGGGAGCGGCUAGGCAUCUGGGUCCGCGGGCUACUGCACGACUACGCUGAGGCGUGCACGGACGCGGCGGCGGCGGCGCGGGAGCGGCCCGUGCGGGCGGCGCUGUACGCGGGGCUGCUGGGUGGCGCGGCUGCCUGCGCCCUCCAGACUCCGGAGGAAGCGUCCUUUGAGGAAGCGCUGCUGGACGCAUCCGGGACCCUGCUGCUUCUGGCGCCCGGCACCCGCAACCCCGGCUCGGAGGCGCAUGUGCAGCGGCUGCUGUGGCUGCGGGGCCGGGGCCGGCUGCGGCACCUCAACCUGGGCCUGUGCUCACUGCUCUAUGAGGCUCCCUACGACCCCGAGGCUAGUCUCUACCAGGCGCGCUGCCGCCACUUGCAGCCGCGCUGGGCCGACUUCCCAGGUCGCGUGCUGGACGUGGGCUUCCUGGGCCGCUGGUGGGUGCUGACCGCCAAGAUGCGCGACUUCGACAUCAACGACGACGAGUUCCGCCACCUGCCCCCGCACCUGCGCACGCUGGCCGAGCACCAGCUGCGCUCCGAGGCAAAUGAGCGGCUCUUUGACGAGAAGUACCUGCCGGUGGUCCUCACGGAGGACCAGGUGGACCAGGCCCUGUGGGAGGAGCACGUCUUGCAGAAGGAGAAAAAGGACAGGCUGAUGCUGAGCGAGGCCUCCCCCGAGGGAGCCGCGGGCUGAAGGCCCGCAGCCUAAGGCCGGCGUCUUCCUGCUCGGUGAUGAAGGGAGGGAGCUUUAGCCAAAUAAACUUUUUUCCUCUCCUCUCUCUCUCACAUCUUUUUUCCUCCUUAAAUGAAAUUGGUAGGGUUUGAUCCACCAGGUAAGUCUAGUUGCUUUGCUUUUCCGUAGGUACACUCCAGGUGCUCCUGCCUUUCCUGCCUGUCAGUUUGGAGGAAACCGGCUGCUGCGGCAGUAAAGGAAGGGGUCACACACAGACACUUCCUCUCCAGCUCCCAAACCUCCCUCUCAUCUUAAUCUUCCCAUUGUCCGUAAGGCUCUUCCCAUCCCCCUAGUCUCUUAGAUGUGACCCGGUUGCCACCUUAUACCUCGCCCCCUAAAGCCAGUCUGUUUCUACCAGCUUCUGUUCACUGACACUGCCACCUGGGCUGCCCAAACGCUGUUGCACCUCAGGAGGGCACUACUUCAUAACCCUGCUGGUGCGGAUCUAAACCUCUUACCUCCACCCUACCCCCAAACUCUUUUGAAGCCUUACUUUUAGGAACAAAUACUUAACUCAUUGUUUAGCUUUUAAAGCUUUACAUAAUCUGGCCCCUAACCAUCUUUCUAAGUUUUCUACCCAUGCUUGGAACUCUUUUCUCCAUCUCGGUCUCCUGUCUCCUCUUGACUUCCUUCAGGUUCCAACUAAAAUCCUA